ACCUUUUUUUUAGGAAGAUUCUUACCUCUGAAGACAAUGUUAGGACCAAGAUAUGAUAGUCAAGUUGCUGAAGAAAAUCGGUUUUAUCCCAGUAUGCUCUCAAAUUAUCUAAAGAGUUUGAAGGUUAAAAUGGGCUUGCUGGUGGAUUUGACAAAUACUUCGAGGUUCUAUGACAGAAACGACAUAGAAAAAGAAGGAAUCAAAUAUAUAAAACUUCAGUGUAAAGGACAUGGUGAGUGCCCUACAACUGAGAAUACCGAGACAUUCAUUCGUCUGUGUGAGCGGUUUAAUGAAAGAAGCCCACCUGAACUUAUAGGUGUUCAUUGUACCCAUGGCUUCAAUCGUACCGGUUUCCUCAUAUGUGCCUUUUUGGUGGAGAAAAUGGAUUGGAGUAUUGAAGCAGCAGUUGCCACUUUUGCUCAAGCAAGACCACCAGGAAUUUAUAAGGGUGAUUAUUUGAAAGAACUUUUCCGUCGUUAUGGUGAUAUAGAGGAAGCACCAGCCCCACCUGUAUUGCCAGAUUGGUGUUUUGAGGAUGAUGAAGAGGAAGAUGAGGAUGAGGAUGGAAAGAAGGAACCAGAACCUGGGUCAAGCGCCUCCUUUGGCAAAAGGAGAAAAGAACGGUUAAAACUGGGUGCUAUUUUCUUAGAAGGUAUAACGGUUAAAGGUGUAACUCAAGUAACAACUCAACCGAAGUUAGGAGAAGUACAGCAGAAGUGUCGUCAAUUCUGUGGCUGGGAAGGGUCUGGAUUCCCUGGAGCACAGCCUGUUUCCAUGGACAAGCAAAAUAUUAAACUUUUAGAGCAGAAUCCAUAUAAAGUAAGCUGGAAAGCAGAUGGUACUCGGUAUAUGAUGUUGAUUGAUGGCACAAAUGAAGUUUUUAUGAUUGAUAGAGAUAAUUCAGUGUUCCAUGUUUCAAAUCUGGAAUUCCCAUUUCGUAAAGAUCUCCGUAUACAUUUAUCAAAUACUCUGUUGGAUGGGGAAAUGAUUAUUGAUAAAGUAAAUGGACAAGCUGUACCUAGAUAUUUGAUUUACGACAUAAUUAAAUUCAAUGCACAACCAGUUGGAGAUUGUGAUUUUAAUGUUCGUCUUCAGUGUAUAGAACGAGAAAUAAUAAAUCCUCGACAUGAAAAAAUGAAGACUGGGCUCAUUGACAAAACACAGGAACCAUUUAGUGUCAGAAAUAAGCCAUUUUUUGACAUUUAUACUUCAAGAAAGCUACUUGAAGGAAAUUUUGCAAAAGAAGUUAGCCAUGAAAUGGAUGGACUUAUUUUUCAGCCUACUGGAAGACUUCUCUUUGGCACAUGGCCAUUCUCUACCUCUAAAGCCAGGCUCUACUCUUACUUGAAAUACAGACCUGGUCGAUGUGAUGAUAUUUUAAAAUGGAAGCCUCCCAGUCUGAAUUCUGUGGAUUUUCGCCUAAAGAUAACAAGAAUGGGAGGAGAAGGGUUGCUUCCUCAGAAUGUUGGACUUCUUUAUGUUGGAGGUUAUGAAAGACCCUUUGCACAAAUCAAGGUGACAAAAGACCUAAAACAGUAUGACAACAAAAUUAUAGAAUGCAAAUUUGAGAACAACAGCUGGGUCUUCAUGAGACAGAGAACAGACAAAAGUUUUCCUAAUGCCUACAACACUGCCAUGGCUGUGUGCAACAGCAUCUCAAACCCUGUCACCAAGGAGAUUCUGUUUGAGUUCAUUGACAGAUGUGCAGCUUCUCAGGGACAGAAACGAAAGCAUCAUCUGGAUCCUGACACGGAGCUCAUGCCUCCACCACCUCCCAAAAGACAGCGCCCUUUGACCUAAGUCCUGCCUCUGACUUCAGGAUUGAGAGGAGAGAUGAAUGAGGAAAAAUGCUGUAUUUGCAGCCAGAGAAAUUCAACAAACAAUGUGGCUUGAUGUUGAUACACAUUUGAAUUUUUUUUUUUUUAAAGAAAAGUAUUGUAGCCAGGCUGUAAAUAUUUGACUCAUUUGUUUUCUUAGUGCUACAAUAAAUACAUCAUGGAUUUAAACAUUUUAUUUAUAUUUGAUAAACCCAGCCUUACCUUGUGGAAUCUGAAGAUUGAAAUAUCCAAAGGUUUGAACAAGAUUGAAAUCAAUGAAAAAGAGGCCUUGUUUAUAUAUGGAUAACUUCUACCUUUAACUUAUAAAGUUAUCAAUCUGGAACUGUGAGCGCCUAGAACACUGUAUUUUUUAGAAGUUGUAUUUCAGCUAUGGUAAAUUUUCCUUUUAAAAAAUUUAGGCAGUGGCAUUAAACAUUCUUCCUAUCCUUUAUCAUGGAUUUUCUCCAUAUCUGACAUUCUUGUAUUCAAAAACAAAUGACAAGGUUGUUAAGUAAUGCAUACAUUAAACAACGUGGUCUGGCUUUAUCAUUUUAAGAAUUGUUUGUGGACAUGUAGAAGGAAAAAGGAAAGCUCCGUUUUGUGAACUGCAUCCUCUCUAAGGAAGAGCACUGAGUAUCUCUCUGCAUUUGCCUCUGUGGUUUGAGCUGCAAUGUCAGAUCGCCAGUGUGUCCAUCCUGGUGGUGGCUUUGAGUCUCUUCAUAGAACCUAGGUCUACACCACCAGACCCUUUACCUGUUGUUCCCUGGGAGACAUUUUUUUAAACGCCAGGGCUCCUGCUUUACCUCAGUGGUAUCAGCACAUUGUAAAUUACGUGAACACACAAAACUCACUGUGAUUAUAGGAGUGAUAUCAAACACAAGCAAUGCUGUGUGAGUUCCCUCGAACAGAACAGCAAAAGAAAUGCCAGCUGACUCCCAUGAUUAGGAAGUGGUGUGAGUGGAGAAGGGAGCAUGCUUGUCACCACAAUUCCUCUCCCACUGCCAUGUGACGCAGAGGCACAGAGCAGGCACCUGUAGGAACUAAACAUCAAGGAAGCCAAGACAUUUCUUUUCAAAGCCAGGAUUCUAUGUACAUUUUCUUCUGGGAAUGUUAUUUCUGUUGUAUGUCUGAAUUUUAUAACGUUUACUGGUAGAUAAUGGGUUUAAAGAGCAGCUAAUUGGUCAUCUGCCAUUGUUGAGAAACCAUGUUCUGAUUGGUUUGUGAAGGAACUGAGAAUUAGCCGGUUAGAGGCUAAUGUAUUUAUUUUUAGAGAUACAGGUUUUAAGUAUGUGUAUUUUAAAUUUUUUUCAUGACCUGAAUUUUAUACAUGUCUCUGCAUGUAUAUAUAUAUAUGUGAGUAUAUGCAGCAGUGUAUAUUCUUCUACUAAUGCAGUCAGAAAUGAAAAUCCAAAUGACUGACCUAGUAGACUGAAUAUCUGACAGGAUUUGUAUAUGUGAUAGCACAGGUUAACCAAAAAUGUAUUUACAUUCACCUGGGUUUAGAUGUUUUUAAACAAAGUUUUCUCCUGCAGUGCUUUUCUAUAUGAAGUAGUAGCGUCAUGCUCAGGUGCUCUCCUUUGUUGUCCCCGAGUUAUGUAAUGUAUAGUGAAUUUAUCCAAAAUGUCACUUUAGGUAUGCUCUUGUGUGUUUGGGUGCUGAAGGGAUUAAAACACCCAACUGUCACAUGACUAGAAAGAUGGAAAUUUGUCAAGGUUCCAUAGUGUCUUCUACAAAACGGAUCUAAAAAUCGUCUAUGCAACUCCAAAUAGUCUGAUGGCUCCUUCACCAGGAUUAGUGACUUUUCACAUCAUAUGUUGCUUUCUCCCGAGCCUGGGUAAAUGCAGAGCCCUUCUGAUUUAAGAGCAAGCUUUUGCCAGUGAUCUUUAAUGGAGUUAAAUGUUUAUGGUAAUUGUAACCUUUUAAAUGAGUUAUGUGAAAAGAGCAUCUCAUUUUUAAUACACCCAGAUAUUUUCUCCUUGCCUUUGUGCAUUUUCCAGCAGUUAACUCCCUUAGUCUUUCCUUUCUCUUCAGUGAUAGUGAAGUGUAAUAGUUGGCCUUAUACGUAAACCCAUGUGGCCCCUGAACACACUACCACCUGCAGUAUCAUAAAGAGUCAUCUAAAAAGUCAGCGUGGAGGGGAGUGGUGGGACCUGGAGCCAGGAUUUGGAACAUCAGGAGGGAAACACUUCCCUUCUCAGCCCACUUCACAAUACCCAUUUUUGACACUGAAGUUUUGUAGAUAAGAAUAGAAAAUUUUGCUUUUCUGAGUUAUCACAUAUAAAAGCUUUUGCAUUGUGUUUGGAAAGAUGUGGAUGACUCGACUACCUGGAUGGUUACAUUUGCUUUCUGUGAAAUGCUCAGAAAAUGUCAGACAUUCCUUCUCUGAUGUGUGUCAGUGUGAAUUGUAAUAAAACUACUGACUUAAAAUAACAGAAAGU